UAUGGGUGCAUUUGUGGGCGUGGGAUUCUUUAUCAGAGACUAUUAAACAGAUGCUGACUCAAGAUCAUCUCAUUCAGUCAUGGGUCGUCCCGGGAUUCAGAUGUGGACAUGGAGACUGUGUGUCUUCUUGAGCUGGAUGUGCGUGGGCCAAGCGGUGUCAGGACCGCAGUACAUGGUAGCCAUUCCUGCAGUUCUUGAAUCUGGAGCUGAGACCAAAUUCUGUGCGAGUCUCCUGCAGCCCAUAGAGACGCUGGAAAUGAGAGUCACUCUGAUGUCCCAAGAGAGGAAUACAACCCUUCUGAAGGAGACGUCCUGUAGAGAAUUUCAUACCUGCAUUAACUUUAAGGUUCCUUUAGUGCAGGAUGAAGUGGUGCAGAACUUGGAGGUGGUGGUACAAGGCAACACAUUCUACUCUAGAGAAGUCAGAAAAGUUAAGAUCAAAGUCUAUAAACCAAUGACAUUCAUCCAAACAGAUAAACCAAUCUACCUCCCAGGACAAACAGUGCAAUUCAGAGUCGUCACACUGGACACCAAGUUUAAACCUGUCCAUCAGCUGUACGAUAUAAUCGAAAUUGAGGAUUCUACCAGCAACAGGAUUGGACAGUGGCUGAAGGAAACCUCCAAUAGUAAGAUAUUGCAGCUUUCUUACCCCUUGAACUCUGAGGCCCGUGAAGGAGCCUACCAAGUUACUGUAUCGAUUGGGUCGGAUAAAAUACAUCACAGCUUCAAGGUGGAAAAAUACGUUUUGCCUAAAUUUGACCUACAAAUAAAUGCAGCUGAUGAAGUAAGCAUUAAUCAGGAAGUAGUCAAGGCUGAAGUAUGUGCAACGUAUACAUACGGCCAGCCUGUGCCGGGCAGUGUUGACUUCAAGGUGUGCCGACCUAUAGAUGCCAAUGUUGGUAUACCCCUUGUACGCCCUCCUGAACAUCCAGAGGGAAUCCCGGAAAUCCCGAUGCCUUGCUACAAGGAGACCAAGCAGACUGACAGGAGAGGCUGUGCCACUUUUAUCUUCACUAUGUCAACUUUCACAAAAAUUGCACAAAAGGCACUUCAAGAUGUACUGCAACUCACUGCAAACAUGAAAGAGGAGGGAACAGGUAUUUCACGCUCACAAGAGAAGACUACAGUGAUUUCAUACGUUGUUGGAAAGCUAACUUUCACUGACACUCCCAAGAUUUAUGACAAAGGAUCAAAUUUGGAAGGAAAAGUUAAAGCCGUUGAUUACAAUAAUAGACCCAUUCCUGACAUGCCGGUGUUCCUGUUUGAGGGGGAAAGGUGGUCAUCGCGUUUGUUACAGAAUCUCAAAACCAACAGAGAUGGUGUUGCCACUUUCUCGUUAAGCACAGCUGACUUUAAAGGGGACAUCCAAUUACAAGUUAGUGACACACCGACACUGGGCUACCCUCCUUACAGAACGCCAUACUAUGAUACUAACGAUCACAAAGUGUCUUUGGCCACACUUUCUUCUCCUGAUACUAAAUCAGUCAGCUCUCUGGAUGUGAAGAAGAAGGAUGAACCACUUUCCUGUGACAAAGAAGAAGACAUCUUCAUCCAAUACACCAUAGUUGGAGAGGCCCACAGCUUUGUGGAUGUGAUCUAUCUGGUCUUAUCAAGAGGAGUCAUUGUUUUACAAGGAUUUAAACAGGUCAUAGUCGAAAAUAAAUUGGUGAAUCAGGGCGAGGUGUCCUUUAAGCUGGCAGUGUCUCCAGACAUGGCACCAGACGUCCAGGUUGUGGCUUACGCCAUCCUCCCCAGUGAGGCUUUGAUCGCCAACAGCGCUGACUUCUCUACUGAGCAAUGCUUCAGUCACAAGGUGUCUCUGGAGUUUUCUCCGUCCUCGGCUGUCCCAGGAGAGGAGACCAUCAUGCAGGUUACCACCCAGCCAGAAUCUCUGUGUGGUGUGAGCGCUGUUGACCAGAGCGUCCUCAUCAAGGAGCCAGGGAAGACUCUGGAUGCAAACAAGAUAUUUCAGUUGUUGCCUGUUACAAAAAUGUCCUAUAUUCCAUAUGACGUUCAAGAUGGUGAAGAAUGUUUGGAAGUGAGAAAGAGAAGUAUUUUGCCAUUCCCCAGCGGUGGUGGGACAGCUGAUGCUUAUACAGUCUUCCAGAAUGUAGGGAUGAAGAUGGCAACAAACAUGAUUAUCCAAAAUCCUUCAUGCAUCAAAUACCAAGGAAUAGAAUACUACCAGGGCUACAUAAGGAAAGAGGUAAUGGCAGCAGGUGUCCCUGCCAUGGUCAAUGGAGGUGCUGCAGCUCCUAAUAAACCACCAAUAGUGACAGUCCGCACUUUCUUCCCUGAGACCUGGAUCUGGGACCUGGUGGAAGUUGGAGAGUCUGGAACGAAGAACGUGCCCCUCACUGUCCCGGACACCAUCACCACCUGGGAGACGGAGGCUUUCUGUCUGUCCCCUCAAGGUUUCGGCUUGGCUCCACGUAAAAACAUCACCGUCUUCCAGCCCUUCUUCCUGGAGCUCAGCCUGCCCUACUCCAUCAUCCGGGGGGAGAACUUUGAACUGAAGGCAACCAUCUUCAACUACCUGACCAGCUGCAUCAUGGUCUCUGUGACUCCAACCCCCUCCUUACAUUACACCCUCACCCCCCUCUCUCGUGACCAGUACACAUCCUGUCUGUGUGGCGGUGAGCGCAAGACCUUCAGCUGGACCAUGACCCCCUCAACCUUAGGAGUUGUAAAUGUGGCAGUGAAGGCUGAGGCUGUGUCAUCCCCAACUUUAUGUCACAAUGAGGUUGUGAGCGUGCCUGAAAGGGGACGAAUUGACGUGGUCACACGACCUCUCAUAGUAAAGCCUGAGGGAAUUGAGAUAACAAAGACCUUCAACUGGCUGCUCGACCCAAAAGGGGACGUUUUGACAGAGGAAAUAUACAUUGAACUCCCUAGGAACAUGAUUGAUGGAUCUGCCCGUGCUUCAGUAUCAGUCCUUGGUGACAUUCUGGGCCGGGCCCUGAAGAACCUGGAUGGGCUGCUGCAGAUGCCGUAUGGAUGUGGUGAGCAGAACAUGGCCCUCCUCGCCCCAAACAUCUACAUCCUCGAGUACCUGAAAAACACACAGCAGCUGACCCCAGCCAUCAAGGAAAAGGCCACCAACUUCCUGACCAGUGGCUACCAGAGACAGCUGAACUACAAAGAUAAGGACGGUGCUUACAGCACAUUUGGAGCAGGACCAGGGAACACUUGGCUGACUGCAUUUGUGUUGAGAUCGUUUGCCAAAGCACAGUCUUUCAUCUACAGACCAGCAAACAUUGAAGCGUCCGUGACUUGGCUGAAAAGUAAACAACGACCAAAUGGCUGUUUUGAACAAUCAGGAAAGCUCUUCCACAACCUGAUGAAGGGUGGUGUGUCUGAUGAAGUUACUCUCAGUGCCUACAUCACUGCUGCCUUCUUGGAGAUGAAAACACCCAGAGAUGAUUCUGUGAAGCAGAGCUUGUCUUGCCUCAAGGAGUCCAUCAGUGACCUCAGCAACACCUACACCACCGCUCUGCUGGCGUACGUCUUCACCCUGGCAGGACACAUGGACCGUGCUCGCCUACUGAACCACCUAGACACUGUUGCAUUACAAGAAGGAGGUUUCCUCCACUGGUCUCAGACAGCAACAGAAACGUCAGCCUCUCUGUCUGUGGAGAUCAGCUCCUAUGUGCUGCUGGCUAAACUCAGUGCCUAUCCGACUGCUGAAGACCUGGGCUACGCCAGCCGCAUCGUUAGAUGGCUGACUAGCCAGCAGAACUACUACGGAGGAUUCUCCUCCACACAGGUACAACCCAAACAGGGUUAAGUGGGACUUUGAGUCACACAUACAGUAAU